GCGUGGUAAUUAAGAUGUGGCGUUGUGAAGUUUUACUCGUACUUAUGAGUAUUCAAGUCUCUUUGUGUGUUGACAGCCCUAUUAAUGGAAAAAAUUCAACUAAUAGUAGACGAAUCAAUUGCAAAGAUAACAUUAAAACGAUAAAGAGCGAAAGAUAUAAGUGCUUAAGUAAUUAUGCUCUACGUCGUCCAUACAAUAUUCCGGGGUCUGGAAUGGUCUGUAAUGAAUCGCGUCUUAUUGAAGAGUAUUUUGAUCAGGAAGUAAUAAAAAACAUAUCACCGUGUUCUAAAAAAACUCCAAUCAGCGUCAUUUUGUUGCGACAACGUGAAAAAAUUCGCAGGUUUAUAGAGUCAUCCAGAGACGUCGAGACGGGUCAAUGUGUAGAUAUAUAUGGGGAACAUGCUAUGAGCAGUUGCAAAAAAUCCCUAAGCAACCCGCGUAGCACAAGAUCUAUAAAAACUGACAAAGAUUGCGCGCUAUAUGAGCUUCUGAUUAAGUGUGUCAUAAAAGAUUUGGAUGAUCAUUGCACUAAAUACAAUCAAAGCAUUGUACCUGCUAUUAUUUAUUUGAAUGAAAAUAAUUGCCAGCCUACCAAUCAAGAUCAACCUAAAGUGACAAGUGAUUCAAAAUCUCCCAAAACUUGGAUCAUUAUCGGAGGAAUCGUUGGUGUUUUAUUAGUUAUUAUCUUAGUGACUUGCCUAUUUUGGAAAUAUUUAAAAAAAGUACGAGUACAAGAUCUAUCGUAUAAUGUAAGCUUCUACCCAUCAAAUGAGAAUAAAGAAACAAAAAGUUAACUGGUUUUCUUUUUUACAUAGAAUAGAGUGCAUAGAUUUUAGUUACCCAGUACCUCCCUCAGUCCCUCCUAGCUCCUUAUACAGGGUAUAUUUAAAACUGCAAAAAAAUUGAGAAACGUAAAAAAUCUAACGCUCAUAGUCAUCAAAAUUUUAGUACAUUACAGAAAGAAAUAGAAUAAAGCAAAACCCUGGAAUAAAGUGCUCUGAACCAUAAUAGUAGGUAAUAAGGAGUAUUGCAUAUUAUGCGCAAAACAAUUGCGUCUGUAAGACUGAGGACAAGUAGAAAUGGAAUCUUGGAAAUGAUUGCUGAAAGAAAAAAUAUGAGGACCUCCGGAACAAAAGCCGACAACUUUUACUUUGCCCAAUUUUUUAUGC